AUGGAUGAUGAUGGUGGUGAUGAUGAAUGCAUGAUACAUGAUGCUAUUGCCAUCCAUUCUGUUCAUCCUCGCAAGUCGCAUCCAUCCAAGCAAAAGCGCUCUCUCUUUCCGACCAAAUCUUCUCCUCCCCUCUUUCCCCGUUUGUCCAAACCUUCUAAUUUCUAGGGUUUCCGUUUGCCAUUAAACCCUUACCUUCUAAAGCCCUCCAUCUAAUCCACAAAACCCUAAUAUAAAUUCAUCACUUUCAUACAACAAUUUCGCCUCAUUUUUCCAACAUUUUCCCUAAAUCCGGCUUCCGUGUCUCCGCCGCCAUCCGCCUGUCUGAAAUCGCAGAAGUUGAGCUGCUCAACAUUCAUGGCCAAGACCAAGCCCGGAAAAAAGGACCUUGACUCUUACACCAUCAAGGGGACCAACAAAAUCGUUCGACCUGGUGAUUGUGUGCUAAUGCGGCCGUCAGACACUGAUAAGCCUCCAUAUGUGGCACGCGUGGAGAAGCUCGAAGCUGACCACCGAAACAAUGUGAAGGUUCGGGUUCGAUGGUAUUAUCGGCCUGAGGAAUCAAUUGGAGGAAGAAGACAGUUCCAUGGGGCCAAGGAGCUAUUUUUAUCAGACCACUAUGAUGUCCAGAGUGCACACACAAUCGAAGGGAAGUGUACAGUGCACUCCUUCAAGAACUACACUAAGCUUGAGAAUGUGGGAGCUGAGGAUUACUUUUGUAGAUUUGAGUACAAGGCUUCCACAGGAGGAUUCACACCAGACCGUGUGGCUGUGUAUUGUAAAUGUGAGAUGCCAUACAAUCCGGAUGACCUUAUGGUGCAAUGUGAGGGAUGCAAGGACUGGUUUCAUCCCUCUUGUAUGGGUAUGACAAUUGAAGAUGCAAAAAAGUUGGAGCACUUUUUGUGUUCUGAAUGUUCAUCUGAUGAUGAUGCCAAAAGAUCCUUGAACACAUUCCCGGUAUCAUCAUCUGUUGAGGCUAAGGUGGAGCCAAAGCGCCGGAAGAGGUGACUUUUUGAUUUGGCUGCUUAGUGAGGAGGUAUCCGACUUCUUUGGCAUUAGCUCUGGUGUUGUGUGUUGUGGAAAUGUACAGUGCAGAGAAGAUACUGCGCUUGCACAAUCCAAAGGCCUUUUUUUAUAGCUUUUGAAUGUUUGUAUGCGUGCUAGACAUAGGCAAUGACUUUGUGUUCUAUGUUGUCCUUGCAAGACAUCAAAAUCAUAUUUGAGCACAGAACAAAUGAGAACACAUCAAACCAAACAUUUAGGAGGAACCUUGGAUUUGUGGCGAUGUGUUUAUUGCUGGCAUUACUCAGUAUUGCAUGCAAUGGCAACUGUUUUAGUUUUA